AUGGUCUUGGACGACCUCCCGGAAGGAUUCUUCCCAACUGAUGCUCAGGUCGCUCGACUUGGUCCUCCACGGCAGCAGCAACCGAACCAGGAUCCAGUCGGUCCGUCCACUGAGGCUCAAUAUCGCCAGCCAGCUGGGUUCUUUGCCCCGGCUGGUGGCUCCCACCUGCCUCAGCUCUACCCCUUGGAGAUGGUCGAGUCUUCCUUCUCACAUGUCACUCAUCAUAGCAAUGUCAUCGACCUUACUGGGGAUGAUAUUGACUUCAUUCACGAAGAUGGCGGUCCGGUAAAGAAGCGCAAAACUUCAGAAUACCUGCAGCACGCCAAUACCGGCACCAAGGAACAUCGUGGUCAGGGAUCCAGACAGCAAGUCUUCACGUUUGUCCCAAUCAAACAAGAGAUCAUCGAACCUACACCCUACGCCUUGCAUCAGCCUGGUACCAUCUCCUCGCGCCCUUCUCGGUAUGCCGAUGAUACAUCGGAUCGAUAUACGGACGACGCUAUCAAGAAACAGGAAAUGCUUCAUGAUGCAGUGAUCUGGGAAGAGUGGGUGAGGAAGCUAAGACCAGUGCGCAACAAGUUCAUCAGCGAUAUCGCUAAACGAGAUGCCGGUGAUGGUCGCUCACGGGUAUCCAAGGCUGAUAUUGAGGCACAAAAAGGCGAUCCCGAUGAGGUGCGGGCAAACAAUGAAGAAAUCAAGCAGCGUCUAAUCAGCAUCGAAGGGGAAGCCCGGCAGAUGAUUGUCGAGAUGUCAGACGCGGAAGACUUGAUGUCGCUGCCUCCGGGGGCCGUGGCUACGAGGGCUGCGGACGAGCAAGUUCAACAACAGCUACCGAUGACAGAACAUCGUGACCGUUACCAGAAGUUCCCUAGAGAGCAGCCUCCAGAACCUGAAUCUGCUCAUACGUCCAUGCRUAACCUCUCAAGCGAGGGCAUGGUUUACAACGACGGCGGAAAAUGUACCGGGACCAAGUCUAAGUUUGGCCCGAUCAUCAAACCCGAGCCACAGGGGGAUAUCGAUGAGUUUGGUGGAGCCACCACGGCCGAGGAAGAUAUCGCUGGCGAUGGGUACAAAAUCCUCAGCGAAGGUCAUCCCUUAGUUAGUGGGGACGAGUGUGUCAGUUCAGGUCGGGGAGAUGACGCUGAACCUCAAGAAAAUUCCCCCGGAGAAUGUGCGAAGGAUGGAAAAGAACAUGGUGAGGGUGUGAGCUUGAGCUCUGCACGAUAUCGCAGUAACCUCCUUGCGCGCGGAAGCUCACUUGUUUUCAAUAAGCUGGACUAUUGA